AUGUCGACGACUUUCGAUUCGUUUCUUAGAAGCAAAAUAGAACAGAGUGAUUUCUGUUGCAGCGAGCAACCGCAAAAGCCGCGUGAACCGGAAGUGCACGUGGUACCAGCGCUGUCAACUACAGCACCAGCCUGGUCAGGCACCGCAAUAGUAAAUUUAAACAUGAAAGAUAUAUCUCUGAAAGAUUAUAAGGGAAAAUACUUGAUUAUGUUGUUUUAUCCCUACGAUUUCACGUUCAUCUGCCCCACAGAAAUGAUACAGUUCAAUGAUCGUAUUGAAGAAUUCAAUAAAUUAGGUAUAACUACGCAUCCUUUAUGUUCUUUUCUUUUCUUUUAUCAUGUUGUAAAUUAUAUUUAAUAGAUAUUCUUUUCCUUUCAUUUGCUUAUAAUAAUUUGUAACAAAUUAAUUUUAUUAGAACUGGACUUGAAAUAAAUUAAUUCCAUUUUUAUAUUCAAAAGAACGUGCACCUUU